GUAAAAUGCAAGAGCUGGAGUAAAAGAGAUUGUGUUAACGUUUCUUCCAAGAAGUAGGGGCGACGAAGAAGGAAACGUAUUUUCGCGUGUGCGCAGGUGUUGCCAAUGCUGAUGGCUCAGUUUUCUGAGAAAGUUUAAAACGGUUGCGCAACCCCCGCUUCCUUUUCUCAUGUUACCGCAAUUCCGUUUAUUGUUUUGCUUUCUCUCAUUCUACUUUAGGCACCCGCGUCUUCUUUUCACCACCUGUUGAUUAGGGAGGUUGAGUUAUGUUAUCAAGGGAAUCAGUAGUUUCCCAGACGACGCCAAGUGUACAUCUCCAAAGAAAGUUGAUGCCAGUGACAUUCUUUGCUCGACCAUUGUUCAUCGCUCCUUUCCCUCUUGUGAUCUCUUAUAUUGUUCGACAUUCAAAAGCAACGAGGAAUACAAUCACCUUGCAGGACACAACAAUGCAAAACAACUCAGCUUUAUUUAUUUAGUUACGCAUUUCUUUCUUUCUUUCUUUCUUUCUUUCCUUCUUUCUUUCUUUCUUUCUUUCUUUCUUUCUUUCUUUCGCUUUAUUCAAGGCAAGUUACACAGGAAAUUGCCUUGAAUUGCACGACAAAAGGCAUAUACGGUGCCUGACAAGGCCAUGCUACCCUUGCAGCAGCGCACCAAUGAGGCAGACAUAAGAAAAACAAACACUUCCAAAAUAAAAUAAAAAACACUGCUGUAGUGUAAGGAUGCAAAAACAAGAAAUGAUUGCAUUUUUAUAGAAAUCAGAUCAUAAAUGUUGCAGAUAGUAGGAAAAGAACUCGCAAACUACACAAAAGUCAGAAAUAUGAAGACAGACUGGAAGCGAUAUAACGAAAACAGAAGACCAUUUAUACUAUCAGCGGAGUACGUUUCAUUGGCAGUUUGAUGCGGCAUCAAACAUUUUUUUCAGGGUUUGUUUAUAUUGUCGGAUGGUUGUUCCUUUAUUUAAUGCACCUAAAAUAAUUUACCUGGUUACGAUACUUCCCUCGCAAACAUUUUGUACAAAUUCAAGUAAUGCUAUACUAACUAACUCAUUAAAAAGCAACGUAUCACAUAAAAGAAACUGCGAAAAAAAAAAACUGAACAUUGUGCAGGCAUUGACAAAGAAAACGUAAAAUUUUUGUCGCCGACUUCCAUGCUUGUUUUUCAUCAGCUCCGGAAGAUGGCGCCACACGUUACGCCGGCCACCUAGACGGCUAUGGAAAGCCCGGGACGCGUUGCCUUGACAACGAACCGGUGUCCGAGCCAUCCGCUGCCGGGACGGGCUGCUAGGUCUAUAAGAGAACCACACGUGACCCAGGAGCUUUGGCAGUUGCGUUCGGGUCAGCCGGUGCGAAGGUACGCACAUGGAGCGCUCGACCAGCGCUAACAGGCUGUCGGAACUCGAAGCCGACAGCCGCGCGUCUUCUUCAACGCUAAUACAAGUCGAGACGGACGUCUGGAGAGCUCUGUAGGAUAAUUAAUGCCGUCAUUAUCAAGUUGCAUCGUCACGUCGUUUAUUCAUAGUUUCGAGAAGACUUACGAAACAUGAAGGUGGGCCGUUGCUGCACCUUCGGAGUCAUUCAAUACGGUUGGUGUGGCUGCGUGUCUGCGUUCGCGUAGUUUGCAAGAGGAAAGACCCGUUCGUCGACUUGCGAGACCUCGCACUGUCAACCAUCGAUCUUUGUGUCGCGAGAUUUUUGUGUCGUUUAAGGACCGACUAGUUGAAUUGGACCUGAGAGUCGACGCAAGCUUUGUGAGCUUCUGUCCCUCGGUUGCUCCAUGACAUUGACUACAACAAACGUUAUCGUUGUUACCGGAAAGACGCGAUGCUUUUCCACUCAAGGGGGAACCUAAAGAUCGUCACACUUUUCGGAACUUUCAACAGGUGUGCCUGGAAGCAGCAUGACGCGCCAAAUGCCAUUUCCCGGCAUUGAUUGCUCGUAUUCUUGGUGACGACAAGCCAUGGAAUUGAACGUUGAUCGAGAACGCCUUGCUCUAACUCCGUACCUCGGUGGAAUCAGCACCAAUCCUACCGCCCGCAACCAAGCUCCAGCCUUCCCCAAUUUCAUUGCCUUGGACCAGUCAUCAGAAAUCCUGCCGUUUGUGCCGUCCGGUGAAGCCAGUGCAGUCGCUUCCGACCGCGCGGUCGACAUAGAAGACAACCAAUCAUCGCUGUCGUUCCGGUACAUCCGCCUCGAAGUCCACUUCGCGCUUCUGCUGGCUAUCAUGGUUUCGAGUGUCGCUGUGAAUGGCCUCGUGUUUGUUCUCUUCUAUCAGCGGCCAUCGGUUCGCAUGACUUCGAACAAGUUUGUGUUGAACAUGGCCAUUGUGUACCUCCUGCAGAAUUUCACCCUUCUCCCAUUCAUUUUCGCGUCCAUCAUGUUCCAAGAAUGGAUAUUCGGAGACGUGUGGUGCAAAGUACACGGCACCCUCUCCCUGUGCCUCACCUUAGCCAAUGUUUUCUCCAUUCUCUUAAUAGCUGUAGACAGAAAUUGUGCCGUCAACAGCCCAUUGCACUAUUCGAUGACCAUCACGAAGAAACGAACGAGUGGCCUCAUCGUAUCUACUUGGCUCAUCGCCAUUGUCGUAGCACUACCACCGCUUUGUGGAGUCUCGGACAUUAAAUACCAAGAAAGCUGGGCUAUGUGCACUGUAACCUGGCAGGACACCGGUUUUCUCACGAUAGCCUACUCGUGUGUCUUCUGCGUUAUAGGCUUCCUGCUUCCGUUUAUCCGGAUCACGUGGAUAUACGCAUCUAUGUUGAAAGCGGCUCGCCGCAAUAGCGCGUGCACACGUUUAAACUUCCACGCCGUUGGCAACGAGAUCAGCCAGCCCUCGUUGGUGGCAACGGAAGUUGGAAACCAUGCGUCUCCUUACCUGCACAGGAAGUUGGCUUGGUCUAAACGAACUUCUUCGCUUAGUCAAGCGUCUUCGAUAUUCGGCGACAAGUGGAAGGCAGUACGCACGGGAGUCCUGGUUGUGGUCUCAUUUACGGGGUGCUUCCUACCCUUCUUCUCCAUGACCUUGGUGGAGCCGCACGCGCGAACACGCAAGACUGCGCUGCACGACCUUCCGGCCAUCGCCAUGUUACUCCUCUUCUGCUCGUCGCUCAUCAACCCGUACCUGUACGUCAUCAGAAACAAGGUGAUGCGCAAACACGUGCAUAAGAUGUUCACCCGCCUGACGCGCAAGCCCAGUUUCUUCUCUCCGCGAGGCUACCAUCACAGCCACCAGAGCCCGCUGCAAGAGAGAAAGUGCUCCGAGGAUAUGAAGAUGCCUGGUGGCGCGGCGUCCCUGCACCCCAGAGAGAGCGCCGACUACCAGACGCCUUUUGUCGCACACUCGCUGUGUCAAAGCAAGUCGGGCGACUGGAAGAUCGUCACCGUGACGACAGAUUCGAGGCGGUCAUCUUCCCAGAGAUCUUGCAUCACGGUGGAGCACCCCGUAUUCAUAGACAGCGCGACACAAGAGCUACAGCCACACCAGCAGCAGCAGUGGCGCUACAAGUGCAAACCUGAACCCGGCCUACGGGUCGCCGCCAUGAGGAGCGGCUUCAACCGGCGAGCAUCGUUAGACAGCUCCAAACUUAUGUCGGCACGCUUUUCGAGCAUGCCCGAGCGCAGCUCAGAGGUGACAGCUGUGAAGUCCACCACAUAUACGGGAGGCGACCGAAGCAUGUCUUUCCGAACUCGGGGUCGCUUCGCGAACCGUGAGGAGUUGAUCGAAGCGCACGACCCAUCAUGCAAUAGCAGCGUGUGCCAGGAGAUGUGGGGCCGUCACUUUAUCGACUCGUCUCAGUGCCGGAGGCCAAGCCAUGCCAUAUAUGACUCGCAGAACAGCACAUCAGCUGUACUCGGUUGUGGAGAAAUAUACAAUAGGUUUUCCACGGUUGACAGCGUCGCGCAAGUACACAGUUACGAAAAAGUUUCCUCCGCGUAUGAUACCUCUGCAGUGGCCGCAUACCAUCGCCGACCAGUGCUUAAACGAGGCCGAUCAUUCGCUUUUGACGAGCACGAAAUGAGCAUGGCCUUCUCGCCGCAAAGGAUAUCGUACUGUGGCGGACUGCGGAAGUCCCGAUUUGCUUUGGCUAGAAACUCUCUGAGGCACAGUUCUACUGACACCACCACGACCACGCUGGAGUCGCUGACCUCCACGGAGUCACAAGAUGGUCCCGUAAUCGCAACGCCCGAGUCGUACGCACCAUGCUAUGAGUCAUCCGUGAUCUUGGCGCAGAAGUACUGCCAGCGCGAGCACGCGACACGGAAUGGUGACAUUUUGCCUCCUUCUCUUCGUUCCUCAGCAAUUCACCAGCGAACGCCGCACGGUCACUUUCCGUGUGAGUGCCAGGAUCGGAGGGACUCUGGCUUCGAGGAUGCCAUGCUGGGGAAGGGUAUUAUGUGCGAUACAAUUGUGAACGAAGCUGGCUCUAUCAAGGCAGUGAAGUUUCUAGAACGAAUGUAGUUGCCAAACAUUGAUCGCCCUUCCAUACAGAUGUGAUUGCCCGUUGUUCGCUCACAUAGCCACAAAGGUUGACCUUGGACCACGGAGCCAUAGGUGUUACCAGUUCGUACAGCCCAUUAACGUUCUGUGUGAGUUACGAACAUUUAUUCUUACAAUAUGAACCAAGCAUACUGACAAUGUUCUAGAAGACGGUAAUAACAUGUGCGUUUAUGUCGAACUUUACCAAUCGCAAUGACGUAGAAUAUUACAAAUGCCUUUUUUUUUGCCGUGGAGCAGUGAGAGCAUUGUCGAAGUGUGCUAAAAAGAAACUUAACGUUGUCCGAGAUCUCAGGCGUGAUAUUGAACUAUUGAACUUGUUGUCGAUAAGCACAUAGGUAUAUUAGAGAACAGUGAACCAUAUAAUGUUUAAUUUAAAGGAAAGAGAAAGAGGAAGUUAUGACCAGCUAUGUUCACUCGACUGUUGACAAACAAGGCUCAUAUAAAAAGUGUUAUAAGACUCAUAUGCAUGAAAGUGGGAAAACACGCUUUUGAGUUCAGUACAUUCUCUUACAAACUCAAAGAUUUAGUCACAGGGAACUCAUAUUUCAGAGAAAAAGUUAAACAACACUAGGGCAGUAUGACAGUAUGGUACACCUAUUCGCUACACAAGCUGAUGUACCUUGUAUACCGACUGUGAUUGCGGAAUUCAGGCGCACUAAAAGUUGACCCCAGUGGCAUUCCUGAUCGUCAGCAGAAAUAAACAGCGCAGUUUUGGUGGUCAUGUUUACAAACGUUACACAGAAAUAAAACGUCUACACGUAAUAGUGUUUGUCAUCGCGUUGUCAAAGCUUUCAACCAAACAAGUGUAGGCUAGGGUGGCAUCCGACUCCUCCGCGAAAUGCAACGCACUUAACGAAUGAGGCGCUCAGCGUGUCGAGUGAAACUGCGCGAUCAUCCUUGACACUGUUGUACAUUGUCUGACAGUUUAUUGCCUGAAAUAGUGUUGAAAGGUUGUAACAUGUAAAAUUACUUGCGGCAAGAGACCACCCAAAUUCUGAGAAGACAUGACAAAGAAUGCGAUGCGAUUAUGUGCUGGGCCGAUUAGGCUGCAGGUAGAAAAGUUAGUCCCUGUCGAUUAAAGGAUCAAGACUUUAUUGGAUGCCUGACACCGUAGCGCUUGCUGCAUUUCAGUCUGAGUGUCGCGAUUUGAAUUCAGUAAAUAGCACAUACACAAGACCAAUUUUUUCUUUUAAUCGCAGAUUGAUUUUCGCAGUGGCAGCUGAAUAGCUCUACUUCUAACGGUACACCUCAAACCUUCUCACACUGCAUUAAAGUAUAUUGUGUUUCUGCACGACGGUUCUUUGCAGCUAUGAUUCAGACUCGACACCCAAGGAAAAAAGCAACGUUUGUUAAGUCACCGCCUUUUCUGGUCAAUGAAUCUGUAUUGUGGUUUCUGAGUGUUAGUUCGCGAUUCAAGAUAUUUUGGGAAUAUCGUACCUGACAGUCAUGAAGUUUAAUGGCGAGCUAGUAUAAGAGAACCUAAAGAGCAUUACUACUUGCUUUAUUAUCAACAUUGCAGAUUUCUAGGUGCAAAUUUGAAAAAGAAUAACGCCUUAGAGGACAAAGGGGUGGCAAAAGAAUGAUUUAGUAGGCUUUAAGUACCCACAGUAGCAGCAUAGAAUGGACAAAUAACAGGGAAAGACUCUACACGGGCACCCAUGUUUUGUCUUCCGCUGUAUGGACUUCAUCUAUUCUGUGCUUUUACUAGGUUCCUAAUACAUACAAACUCGCCCAGCACUACAUUGUUCUGCAGUUCGUUAGUACUUUGACUUGUUCUUAGUACAAAUCGUUCGUUGCACGGCAACAUUAAUUGCUGACCCACCACAGGAUAUAUAUAGUACGCUUCCUCCUUUUAGAUAUAGCUCGACUUUCGUAGCCUUCAAAAUACUCUUCUGAGCCUAUCGGUGUCCAGCACCUGCGAGUGUACAGAAAGCUGUAUAGAGCUCUUAAUGUUUUCAGAUAUGACGUGUUCCUUCAGUAUCUGUGAUCCUUGCCCUUCUUUGCCUUAUCUUCACAUACUUCGCUUGUGUAAUCAUGUUUCGACCCCAUACAGUAAUCGUGAAGACGAUAAUAACCACUGUACACGCCUCCGUCAGAGCAAACCUGAAAAAAAAAUGCACUGCAUAAAAUAAACUGUACAAUUUUCUUUGAAAACAAAAGCCAGUGGUGAUUAAGUGGUAAAUUCGGCAAGACUGCUUGAGCAUUACGUCGCACCACUUUGAGAUCCCGGCUCCAACCACGUUAACCCUAUUGCAAAGUGUUGUACAGGAGCCAGCUCGACGCACGGCCUGCCUCUUCGAGGAAUGAAGUGCAAGACAGUGGACAGGAACAGAAUAUAUAUAUAUAUAUAUAUAUAUAUAUAUAUA